GCACGUCGGGCGGGUCCAAGGGCGACGUGACGACGACCGUGUCGACACUGGCGCAGUUUACCGCGGCCGUCCGCGAGAACAUGACGGCGCCGGCCAUCGUCGUGGUCAAGGGCAUCAUCAACGGCACCGCCAACGUCCGCAUCGCGAGCAACAAGACCAUUAUUGGGCUGCCGGGGUCAGGAUUCGACGGCGUCGGCCUCUACUUUCGCAAGCAGACGAAUCUGAUUCUGCGAAACAUCAUCUCGGCCAAUGUCACGGCCGCGUAUGGCGAUGGGCUGACAAUCGAGAACAGUACUAAUGUCUGGGUUGACCACUGCGAGUUCUACUCGGCCCAGACCAGUGACAAAGACCGCUACGACGGGCUGAUCGACAUUGUGCACGGCUCAGACUACGUCACCGUCUCGAACACCUACUUCCACGACCACUGGAAGGCAUCCCUCAUCGGGCACAGCGACAGCAACGGCGCGCAGGACACAGGUCGGCUGCACGUAACGUACGCUAAAAACUACUGGCACAGCUGCAACUCGCGCGGGCCGUCGAUUCGCUUCGGCACCGCGCACAUCUUCAACUCGUACUACGUGAACAUGAGCUCGGCCAUCAACACGCGCAUGGGCGCGCAGGUGCUGGCCGAGAGCAACGCGUUCCGCGACGUCAGGUCGCCCAUCACGAGCGUCGACUCCAAGGAGGUCGGGUACGCCAUCGCACUCGACAACGACCUGGGCGGGCGGCGCGAUGCCGCGCCCGCCGGGAACCUGACGGCGGCCUCGGUGGCAGCUCACUACAACUACACGCUCCUCGGGCCGGCUGCGGUCGCUGUGCGAGUGCCUGGCGAGACUGGGGCUAUACUCAAGUUUUGAU